AUGGCAGCCAUUCGUAAGAAGCUAGUUAUCGUCGGAGAUGGUGCCUGUGGUAAAACUUGUCUGUUGAUCGUCUUCAGCAAGGAUCAGUUCCCAGAUGUAUAUGUGCCUACUGUCUUUGAAAACUACGUCGCUGACAUUGAAGUUGAUGGAAAGCAGGUAAGCAUCUUUUCUUUUUUGACUGGAGCUUUAGGUAUCAGUAAAGAACAUUAAAAUGGGUGGAAUUUUGUAAAAUUGCUGUGUUUUGAAGUUAAUACUCAAUCUCUUUUUCUAAUAUAAGUUUGAAAUGCUGUUUAUUCUUAGAUUAUUUACUAUGUUUGUUACAGCAAUAUUGUAAAAAGAAAUUGAUUUAAAUUACUUUUUGGUUGAUACUAUAGCUAAUAAUAUUUUUGUAGGUUGAGCUUGCUCUUUGGGAUACUGCCGGCCAAGAAGAUUACGACAGACUACGACCUCUCAGUUAUCCAGACACAGAUGUAAUUUUAAUGUGUUUUAGUAUUGACUCGCCUGAUUCGCUGGAUAACAUACCUGAAAAGUGGACUCCAGAAGUAAGUUUCACUUUUUUUAUCUGAGGUUUAGGUAACAUUCAACUAGUUUUAGUUUCGACAAAAUUGGGCUGUUGUCAGGGCCGGGCGGGACUUUUGGUCUGGAGGCAGGGGUCCAAGAUAGCUGUGCCGAUUUUUUGCGAAAACUUUUUUCCCAAAAAUUUACAGGGGGGACCACGUUCAAAUUUUUUUCGAAAAAUUUUUUUCUGGGGGGGGAGGGGGGUACCCGUCCCCCUCCCCUCGCGCCCGGCCCUGGCUGUUGUUAAAUUUCUUUAAUAUUUUUUUAAAUUUUCUUUCGUUUCAUUGUAAAAAAUUAAGACUUUGUCGUUUUCAUUUGAAAGCUUUUCUGUUUUGUAGUUCAUAGCUGAUACAGUCUUAUUUAGAUCAUAUUUUAUGAAUACUUUACAAUAUUUUAUAUAUGAUGUUUAUUUUAGGUACGUCACUUCUGUCCAAACGUGCCGAUAAUUUUGGUGGGGAAUAAGAAGGACUUGCGAACAGAUUCACAAACCAUCAGAGACCUUGCCAGAAACAAACAGGAGCCUGUCAAGACUGAACAGGCCAAGGCUAUUGCCGACCAGAUCGGCGCUUUCGCAUAUCUCGAAUGUUCUGCCAAAACUAAGGAGGUAUGCUGAGUUUUGAAGUCUAAUAUGUAUUAGAGAAGUAGAGUAAGGUAACGCAGUAAUUAGUAGUUUAGCAGCAAGUACACGUAGUAAUAAAGUAACUGUCACUGAUUUGGGUUACUCUUUAGAUAUUUGGUCAGUAAGUUUGUAGAACGACUAGAUACGAAAGGGUUAUUUUAUGAAAAGUAUACAAUAGUUCUUUAUGUUUUUGCUUUUUGGCCAUACAAUUAUAGUUUAAAAAUCAAAACUUCAUGUUACUAAUAAAUCAUUGUUUUUUGUUAUCAUGAAACAAUAUUGGGAGUUUUUUGUGCACUAAUUAGCAAAUUAAUUGAUUUUUCCCUAUGUUAAUGCGAAUUUUGUUUCAGGGUAUCCGUGAAGUCUUCGAGAAGGCAACACAAGCGGCACUGCAACAGAAAAAGAAGAAAAAACAACGAUGUGACAUUCUGUAA